AUGUCGUGGAUCACCCGGAUAAUCUCCCGAGCACUGUGGCCCUGGGCGCUGUGGCGCUGCUUCCCCGCUUCCGUGCGCCUUGCAGUCUACAACUGGGCAGAACGACGAUACGGCAGGGCUGCUAGUAAUGGCUACCGCGUACGGGUGCUUCCAUUCGGCCUCGUGUUCAAAAGGUGCUCGAACUCGCCUCAUUACGAAGCAGGAAACAUCCGAUUCGUCGCGAACAACACCUCCCUCCCGGUCCCACGUAUUCUAGAUGUCGUCGAGUACACCCCACCGCAGCGGACACAGCGGUCUGGUCUGAUCAUCAUGUCACGGCUGGAAGGGGAAUCCUUGGAGAAGUGGAUUUAUGAUCGCACUAUCUAUACGCCACUCCAAUCCGAGCUGCUUCGGGAACUGGACAUCUGCACGGAGAAGGGGAACCUCGCCGCCCUGAACGCCGUCAUAGCACGGCUGGAAGCGUUGCCCAAGCCAACAUUCGACUUGUCCGAGGCCGGACCCCUCAUGCAGGACCUCCGCGACGCAUUCACGGAGCUGCGCUCGCUCACGCCGCCUGCGUCGCCGGCCGUGUCGGGUCUCUCUGGGGGGCCUGUCCGCUGCAACCGCGGGGGAGAGCAGGAGUUCAUCGGCCCGUUCCAGGACCAGCAGGAUUUCAAGGACGCCUUGUUCGCCCAGGCGAACAGCGUGCUCUUCCCCCACCGCAUGCCUACUCUCCACCGCCUAGCGGCGCCCGUGAAUGCAACGCGCCACCGGAUAUACUUCACGCACGCCGACCUGGCGGCACGGAACAUCCUCGUCAAGGACGGCCGCCUGUCGGGGAUCGUCGACUGGGAGUUUGCGGGGUGGUACCCGGAGUACUGGGAGCUCGUCGCAAUGGAGAUGCAGAUGGUCGACAUGGCAGUCUUGCACCAGUUCUGGGAUGCGGUGCAGCUGUUUGGGCCAGAGCCGUACCGCGAUGAGCUGGCUCUCGAGUGGGCGUUGGGGUGCUGCACGGGGGACAUGAUGGUCAGGGGUGAGGCUGGAGAUGACAUGUCGUUCCCUCGAAUCACUGGCAAGAAAAAGGCGGCUGCGCUUACUGGAGGGGACAUACAGUCCGACGUCUUGUCCCUGCCUGGCAGUGCAUCACUGUGA